AUGGCCGACGUCCACACUGCGUCUCAACCACGCAUCGUCGUCGACGUUCCCAUCACCUUCGACGGUUUCGACUCGGUCACUUGGCUCAACGCGAGCCAACCCUGGAUUCAUCGGCGGGUUGCCGAUCGCCUCCCCCCAUCCACUACCAACCCGCUUGAUCCUACGUUUGAGGCGAUGAGUAAUGAUCACUCGCCCCUCCUACCCCGCAGCGCGCUUGUCGCUGACGUGACCCUACUGGAGCUAGCCACGGUGUUGCACCCUCCAUCCAAGACGCUUUCCAUGAACGUCGAAGCGUUCGGCCAAACGAGCUCAUACAUUUUCGAUGCCCCUGUCAGACACAUUGUGACGGGAGACCAAGUGGCAAUUCAAGAAAUGCACCACAACGUCGCAGUGCGAAGCGACAAGUUGCAUCAGCAAGUGCGUGGGCGAUACGACCGAAAAACCCAAGCCAAGUUUGCGGAUUUUUCGGUCGGCGAAUCAUGCCACGUGACCAGAGUCAUCACAGAUCGUGUGAUCGAGACUCAGGAGCUGGUGCCACCGUACGAAGUCACGUUGGAUCAUUCGUGUCGCUUAAAGAUAUACCACGAAGUUGGUGGAGAGGUGAUCAAAGCCCUCGAGUGGCGUGGACUCGACGUUGAAGCAUCGUCCAUGAAACCUGCGGCGAAUUUGGUGGACGAAAUUCCUGUCGUUCUGCGCAAGUGGGCGGCGGCCAACAAGGAAGACCCUGCUCAUCAAGACAAUGGACUUUCCGUAGGAAGGAAAGAGUUCUGCCGGGUGCAGAGCAAUUGGAUACCGCGUCGACCCCUUGCAAACACACACUCUGUGUGUGUGUAG